UCAUCGCCGAAACUGGUACGCUGGUGAACGACUCACGUGCGGAGGGCUACCAGGGCGACUCGGCAGCACUGACCGGCAGCUAGCAGCAGCGCGCUUCAGCCAGGGUGAGGGCGGACACUCGCACCGCGCCUGCUGGUCCUUCCGAGAGCCAUGGCCGCAGAACCGCGAUCGGGGGCGUACGGCGGCGGCUGCAGCGGAGGCGGCGAGCCCGUGGCCUAGUGCGUCGCGCCGGCCGGCGAUGUAACACAGUAUGGGGCGGCAGCGACUGCGCUCCGAGGAAUGCUGGUGCCCCCUUCGAGGCUACUCUUCGGACACCAACCCCACGUAACGUCCGACCAAGAUGCCGUAGCUCUUGCUCUGUUCCAUAGGACAGACUUUAUGUGAAAAUCAAGUGACUCUUAGGUAUUAACGAACAUUACGAACUUCAUUUACGAAAAAAAAUCGAACCGAAAGUUUCUUGGGAAAGCUUAGAAAAUACGCUAUAGGAUGAUACUACAAUACCACUUAGGAAAUUGAUCUUUUUUUUUUUUCCAAACGAUCUCUCGCUUUAGAAUAUUCGAGUGUGCACAGCUUUCCCUGUGCCAUUCGCAACCGGCGCAGAGCCGCAGGGCUAAAGUUUACAUAUAUUAUAAUCCCGCAACUGCUCGAGUGAAAACUGAAAUUGAGGUGCUUCUGCAGGAUUUAUGAGACUCGGGGGUAUGUUGGGCGGAGAUUUCUGAUCGGUGCCGAGUCGGAUUAGUUGUGGCGCUCGCCGCUAGGAGGUCGGCUCGGGCUGGUCAAGAUGGCGGCCGGCGGGUGUACCGGCAGAGGCGACUGGCGAAAUGGUGAGCUGGCAUGGUGGCUGCUCUGAACCGCCUGCAGCAGCAACACCAUGGCCGACCUGCCCGACCUCUCGCACCUCACGCCCGAGGAGCGGCGCAUCAUCGAGUCGGUGAUGAUGCGCCAGAAGCAAGAGGAGGAGCGCGAGAACGAGAUCAUGAGGCGCAAGCAGGACGAGGUGCAGGUCCUGGAGGAGACGAUCCGUGCGCGCAGCGAGCAGCAGAAGAAGGCGGGCGUCGAGCUGGACGCCACGUGCCACAUCUGCCUCAAGACCAAGUUCGCCGACGGCGUGGGGCACAUGUGCAACUACUGCAACAUCCGCUGCUGCGCGCGCUGCGGCGGCAAGGUCACGCUGCGCUCCAACAAGGUGAUCUGGGUGUGCAUCCUUUGCCGGAAGAAGCAGGAGCUGCUGAGCAAGACUGGCCAGUGGAUCAACAAGGGCAUGGCGGCCGGCGACCACGCCAUCAUCCGCCGCAUCGAGGCGGACCUGCACUUGGGCAGCCAGGGGCCGGGCACGGGCGGGGAAGGCCUCGGAGUCGGAGUCGGGGGCGGGAUCGCGUCGGAGGCGGGCGCCGUCCCCGGGGGCGGCGACAAGAGGCCCAAGCUGGAGCGCGCGCACAGCGCCGCCGAGAAGGAGAACGUGCCGUCGCUGCUGCAGCGCUCCGGCAGCGUGCUGCACCGCCAGUACUCGCAGCAGGAACGGCUGUCGGGAGAGAUCCGCUACUACCGCGGCGAGCUCGAGGGCCUGAUGCGGUCGCAGCAGUACCACCAGCCGGCGGCGCCGCCGGUGCCCUCCUACCGCAACGACUCGUUCAGCUCGGAGCAGUCGUCGUCCGUCGACGUGACGAGCGCCGUGCCCGCCAACAACAAGAAGCACAAGCGCAGCGGCUCCGCCAAGAAGAUGGGCCCCGCGCCCGUGGGCCUGGCGCCGCACCACCAGCAGCAGCAGCAGCACUCCUUCUCCAGCUCCGACGACGAGCUCAGGUCGACGCCCGAGUGCACCAGCUGCGAGGAGCACGACAGCGAGAAAGGUGACGGACACACCAGGAACCGCGGUAGAUUGAAAAGACAAGCCAUUUUAGAUGAAAAGAUUAAGAAAUUCCUGGCGCAUCCAAUGUCAUGGCAAGUUAGUGCUGAUGGUACACGGAUGAUUGGUCACAUGAUACUCAAGAAGACUGCACGUGAAGGAAUGGGUCCCAGCUCUUCUGCUGCUAUCCUGGGUCUCAAGGUAGUAGGUGGCAAGCUGCUGGAGAAUGGAGGGCGGGGGGCAGUGAUCGAGAAGGUCAAGAAGGGCAGUAUAGCUGAUGUAGAGGGGCAGUUGAGGCCAGGUGAUGAAGUUAUAGAAUGGAAUGGUCGUUCCUUACAAGGGAAAAGUUUCCAGGAAGUAUAUGACAUCAUCGCAGAGUCAAAACAGGAGCCUCAAGUGGAACUUAUAGUAUCUCGUUCCCUAGGCAGUCGGAGAGCAUCUCAAGCUCCUUGGAGGCAGGCUCACUCCUCACCCACCCCCGUCCAUAAAGAUUUGUAUGACAGCCGACGAGACAAGCCUAGUGUUCUUGUGACAUCUCCUGGCUCACCUGAGCUACAUAUGCCCUCUCGAUCUUCUCGCCCACCUCGCCUUGGAAUGACUACUGUGAAUCCAAAUGUUGGUGGCAGAUUGCAGGUAAAACUGUGGUUCGACUCUGGGGCACUGCAGUUAGUGGUGACAGUUGUCUGUGCAGCUGGCCUUACACCACGGAGUAAUGGACAACCAAGAAACCCGUAUGCAAAGCUCUUUUUGCUACCUGACAGGAGUGAGAAGUCUAAAAGAAGAACGAAGACUCUUGCCAAUACAAAUGAUCCAAAAUGGAACCAGACAUUUGUAUAUUCUUCAAUACGGAGAGCUGACUUGAAACUUCGAAUCUUAGAAGUGACUGUCUGGGACUAUGUUCGUUAUGGGGCCAAUGAUUUUUUAGGAGAGGUGGUUAUAGAGCUCAGUGUAGCACCCUUAGAUGAAGAACCUGAAUGGUAUUAUCUGAGUGCACAUGAAGAAAUUCUUCCCUCCCAUGGGAAUAGGCGGGAACCAGGAGAUGUGGAGCUGGCACUAACACCAACAGAUCACUUGUCCCCCCCUAGUACAACAUCACGAUUGUCUGAUUCUGACACAUCUGAGUGUGAUUUAGAUGACAUGGGGCGUGAUCGGAGGAUAGCAGAUGGAGCCUCUAUUAGCAGUAUAGGCAGCUCUUCAAGCUCUUUUUGCAGUCCCCCUCCUGAAGUUGAAAUGACAGAGCCAAGAAGAUCUCGAAGAGAUAUGCCUACUCAGGGAAGAAAAAGGGCUGCAAUUAUGAUGAGUCGGGACAAAGUAUCCAGUUACCCAAAUCAGCGGAAAAAUGGGGGUCAGCCAAUGAUGAGUCAACGUUCGCAUUCCGCUGCACCGACGGAUUCACCAAGUUUGCACUCUCGUAGCAGGUCCAAGAGCCCACGUCGAAUUGGUGAUCAUCGUAGCUUAUCUCCUCCAGAAGCAAGAAUGCAUUACCAUGGAUCCGCUGUCCCAUCGCACGCAUAUGUUCCAAGGUUUACCUCUCGAUCUGCCACUGCAACGCCUACUGGAUCACCAAAGAAACGCCAGCUUCCACAGAUACCUCAUGCACUACCAAAAGCACUGAAGGAUCGUGUAGUAAAGGAUAUGGAAGAACGAGCUCAGAUGAUGAAACAGAGAAUGAAGCUGAUGCAGGGCCAAAGAAGUUCAGGCAUGGGUGGAUGGGAUCAUCAUUACACUGGACUUAGUGACAGUGAUUUACCACGAAGUACAAUGCCGCCAUCCAGAAUGCAUCGGUCACCAGACAAAGAUAUAAUGGGUGACUUUGGUGAUAGUGAUAUUGAGAGUGUUGUGAGUGUGACAAGCAGUGCCUUCUCAACCCAAUCUGAGCGACCGCGUGGCUCCAGGGGUCUCAGUGACUACGGUGGUGGAAGCAGUGGAGGUGUACAACGUGUAAUGGCCCACCACAGUAGUGCUCCAGGUGGCAAUGGGUCAGGAACAAAGCGUGGAACAUUUACUCGGAGUUUAUCCAAUGCAGAGGUUCCACCUGAUGAAAAAACAGCAGAUGGUAGUCUGAGUGACACAGCUGUCGGACAGCUGCAUGGUUUAGAUAAUUCACGCCGAAAACCUGCAUCAACUGGUGACCGGGGCAGCAGUAGUGGAGGAAGCAAAGGCAGCAGUUCUGGGAGCCAGUUUUCAGGACUGAACAAGAAGAGCAGCUCAACAUCUCAGCUUUCAGCAACAGAAGGUGGUACUAGAAAACGUAGCUCCCCUAGCAGCAGCUUCCAGAGGUCUCAAGAAGUGGUUCCGCGCCACCAUCCCUCCUCACGCCUACCCUCUAAACAGUCCACAGAAGGCAGUCUCAACAGCAUUUCUAGUUCAGAGGGGUCCACGUGGUCACCCUCCUUCAGGCUGGCGCAAGAUGGUGGUCAGCUGUCGGAUUUCAUUGAUGGCCUUGGUCCAGGUCAGCUUGUUGGCCGGCAAGUGCUAGGAGCACCAGCACUGGGGGACAUACAGCUCAGCAUGUGCUAUCAGAAAGGCUACCUGGAGGUAGAAGUUAUACGAGCCCGUGGAUUGCAGGCUAGGCCUGGCUCAAAGGUGUUGCCAGCACCCUAUGUCAAAGUCUACCUUGUUAGUGGAAAGAAGUGUAUCGCUAAAGCAAAAACUGCAACUGCGAGAAGAACAUUGGAUCCCCUUUACCAACAACAGUUAGCCUUCAGAGAACCAUUCCAGGGCUGUAUACUCCAGGUGACUGUGUGGGGUGACUACGGGAGAAUCGAGGGCAAGAAAGUUUUCAUGGGCGUUGCUCAGAUAAUGUUGGAUGACCUGAAUCUGUCCAACAUUGUGAUUGGCUGGUACAAGUUGUUUGGAACCACAUCAUUGUGAGAAUGCAGUGCUGAGGAGAGCAGCAGGCAGGAUUGCAAGAGCAGCAAUCACCUCUCAUUAAACUGAUUUGUGAGUGAUCUGAUUCCAACGAUGUGAUAAAACAAUUUUGAAACUCCACAAGUCCUUUAUAUAUGUAUAUAUGUAUUUAUGUGAGUAUGGGGUAACUGAAAGCAGGUAGAAAGGCAAGGAAAGUUGCAGGUUUUACUUUUACAUAUGUGACUUUAUGAAAUAGCCUGUAAAUAACUGACAUACAGCUUGCAUGCUGUCUUCUGUUUUGUUUACCUUUUCAUCAUAUACUUUCUGUACUACCAUUCCAAGAAUGACAUCUCCAAAUAAGCACAGCCUUUUGCUAUCUCUUGCGUUCUCAGACAUGGGAGUGAUGUGAAAUUUUGGUACCAUUGUAAAUCUUCAAUUAUUUGAUAACAAAAGACUGUGCCUGCAUGAAAAUUCGUUCACAAAAUUAUCAGGAAACAUUGAGCUUUAAAUAACAUAUUCUGUCUGAAUACAAUAAUAGUCUUGUCAAUAAUACAGUGGUGCUGGCCACAUGCAAACAUGAAUACAUAUAUAUGUAUUGUUAUUCUGUGGUGAAGCAAAGUGAAAUGUAAAUACAGUGAUAAACCUUACAAAUAAUUUGAAAUAAGAUGCACAUAGCGUGCAUGAAUUUUUGAAGAGCUGUAUAAAAUAAUUUCUAUGGAUGUAAUGGAGAUAAACGUGUAUAUAUCAUGUGUUUGCGUUUGUGAGAGAGAAUGUGCGUGUGCUUUGUGCAUAAAGUUUAUAAAAUUAUCCGACAAUGGGAAAUAAGACUUUGUAUAUAGCAAUUUGUGAUGCAUUGAGGGAAACAGUCUUAGACUGAACUAUAUAAAUAACAGAACAUUUAAAAAAUUCUCAAGCCUUCCAGAAGUUUCAGUGAAUAAAAACUUAAAAUAUAAAGAAUUUAAUGAAUGACGUUUGGUUGUUUAUAAAAAUACAAAAAUUAUAAAAAUAUAAAAACUCUCAACACUGCAAAACGAAAAAAGUCAAAAGCUGUGAACAAGCGGAAGAGUGAAUUUGUGGAAUUUGUGUGGGCCAUGUUUUGUCCUUUUUUAUUCCAGUGAUACCUAGCAAAAAGACAAACAGCUGAAAAUUGUAACUAUUGUAUUUUUUAAAACAUUAUUUUUUAAGAAAAUCUAAUACAACAAUACCAAAAUUAUAAUUUUCUUUUUAUUCGGUAAUUUCUUACUUUGUCUAAAAUUAUAUGAUGUGGAAGUGUGAUUGCUUACUCUCAUCAUACAUAGUUUGUUAGUAGAAGAGCAAACUUCCCAUUGAACCGUAUUCUAUAGCCUUUAAGGAUUAGCAAUACAGUAAAAUGCUUUUAUUUUACUAAUGUAUUGCCUGUACUCCCAUCUGAUUAGGAGCAUAACCUAUAUAUAAAAUCACUACAAAUUACAAAUUUUCUUUCUAUCAUUGUUAAUAUGUUUAAUAUUUAUUUUGUCUCCUGUCUGAAAUUCUUCCAUGAAUGCAUCUGCCAAAUGAAACAAUUUAAAGAGAAUGUUUUGUAGUAUAUACUUAUAGCCAUCAAAAUUCAAUGCUCCUCACAAAAUUUAAUAAUAUUGCAAGAAAUCCAUGAGAAGGUUACAAAUAAGUGAGAAGUUUUCCCUUUACAGAGUCCUUACAGAUAAAAGCAAGUAUGUUACGUAUUUAUGAUGGUGAUGGUGGUUAUGACAAUAGUAACAAAUGAUUUUGAAAUAAGUUUAAAUACAAUAUGUACAUAUAUAUAUGAUUAUAUAUAUCUAUAUAUCUAUAUUCAAAUUAUUAUAAGUGAUACCUUCAAGAGAGUAUUACUACAUGUAUACUUAAAAUGACUUGCUUGUUUAAAAGUUUUUGACACGUUUCAUGAAAAUUUGAUAUGGUAUGGAGUGCAAUUUUAUGAUGCACAAAAGAUAAAUUCAAAAUAUACGUAUUAUCACGAUGUGAGCUAAAUGUGUGGUAUACUGUCAGAUGUUUUCCCUAUCCUUAAAGGCAUUCAGAAAAACCCAAAAAAGGGGCCUUCCUAUCCUUAUUAAAUAGAUUUCCUUAACAAGUAUCAUUCUUCAGACAAGUACAAUUCUUGUGAUCUUUGUGACCAUUUGUAUGAAAAAAGAUGAAUAUGUCAGACUGUGUAAGGGACUGUUGAUAAUGUUCAUGGAUUGGCUGAAUCACUAGUGAUAAUAAUAAGUCUUCUAAAACAUGUAAGGAAGUAGUGUCUCUUCACAAGGAGUUAAAAUUCACUUCUUGUGAAAAUUCUGUCUUUCAACAGUUCACCUAGGUGGCAGCUAUAAUUGAUAUUUUGCAUUUGGACCUUUAUAGAGGAAUCACUUCCUCUACAAGAUAUGAUUUGUUUCAUUUCAUUUAAACCAUUUAAAUGCUGUUUGUGAUUUACUUGCUGGUAUCCUCAUUUUAUUUCUUUCUUUUCUUCUUCCUAUUCUCUUUCUUAAAAAAGAAGAAAAAGGAAGAAGAAAAGUGCUUGUAUAUGUUUUGUAGUUCACUGUACAUUGCUCAAUUGGAAGUAACCUAAAUAAUGUAUUUACUCAUUUGUUGUGUACCUGAGAGUAUAAUGGCUUUAGGAUGAAUGAAACUUUGUAAAAUUUAUCAAGUAAUUGCUAUUAAUGUUACAAUUACAGCUUAAUUCUGAGCUGCAGUCAGAUGAGCAACAAGUUGCCUAAUUAUUAUUAAAAUAUUUGUAAUAAUCUUACUAAAAUACUGCUUCCCCCAUCCCAAUUUUAUCUUUAUUCUUAUUGUUUGGUGGCACUACACUGUCCUCAGUCUCAUACAAGUAACAGUUUUGUUACCAGUAUUGCUUAUUACAAGCAAGAAACCCAUUGCCAUCUGUUAAGUUAAAAUAAGAUACAUUGAUAAAACAAUUUCCAUGUGGUCAUCUGAAGGCAGUUCAAAAUCUACAUUGAAUCCUGUGCCUUAAAUAUUUUCCAGGUCAUGGAAAUCAGGAAUUAUAAACUUUGUAUUUUAAAGUUAGCUUCUGGUUCACAUCAAAGGUCAUAAUGAUCAUUUUCAGUAAUGAAUAAUCUCUUGGUUAUGCCAAACCACACAAAUAUUAUUCCAGACAUGGCACUGUAAUAUUUAUUGUUGUACCCUAUCACUGUCACAUCACUGUUGUAUAUUUAGUGUGAAUGAGUUAAGACAUAAAGAAUAACAAACAAAUAGGAAUAUAGUAGCUACUGCCAUGUGAGCAUUUUGAGGUUCUAUAUUCCAUAUUCCUGUCUACUCUUCUUAAAAUAUACAACUGUUCAGACAGCCAAAUUUGAAAAAUUGAAACUAUGAACCUUUUCCAAGCCUUAUGAUGUGAGACAUAACAUGAGAAACAAAUUAUGUACCUAUUCAUUUAUCAAUUCUUCUUUUUUAUAUAUUGUUGCUUAUUAAGGUAUUUUUUAAAUACUUUCAAAUAUGGACAAAAUUUCAUAUAUGAAGGUACAUUAUGUACCUCCUGCUGAACCCAAACAGUUUAUUUUUAUUUUUUAUAUAGUUUUAUCUGCAGGUGAUAUUAUUUCAAAAUUUUAUGUGGUUCUUUUAUUGACUACUUUUUCUAACACAUACCAUAAAAAUUUUGUCUAGUUUGUUCUAUUUUUGUUACUUCCAGAAAAAACACGUCAUAAAAAUAUGUUCAACCACGUUAUUUUACAUCCAUCCUUCUGCACAAUAUGACAGUGAUGUACAAAUUUCUGUGGUGUUUAGGACAGGUCGGCCCCUUAAAUUUGCCUGUUAAAUAUCUCCAAAUGAUGUUAAACAAUAGAUAUUUAAAAACUGUAUGCAUUUCUUUGUGGUAUUUUGUGUUAUCUGCCCUUGUUUUGAGAUGGAUGUAUGAUAGGUCCAUUAAUUGAGAGGAAACUUGAAUAAUGUUGUGAUAGUGUCCUUAUUGCACAACAUUGUUACAGAUAUGAGUAAAAACCAGCUUCCACUUGUAAUAGGGCAAGUAUAAUAUUUCAUUUUUGUUAACUGGGAAAAUAAAUAAAUAUUCACACAGAGAGCAGUAUGAGGGGCUUAACAAAAAUAAUAACCAGAAUUUAAUUAAAAAGUUGCACUAGACAACAUUCUUGAAUGAGAAAAUGUUUCUAUGCAAUACAGUACCUUGCUUUGCAACACUGGGUCAUGUACGAGGAUAUCAUGAGCUUUGGAGAUAUAGAGUAGAUAAUAUGAGAGCAAGACGUGACAUUAUAAUAAGCUGCAUUAUUAAUAAAUUGUAUGUUGAGUUAACAUAUAUGCAUAUCCAGCUUUCUUGACUGCAUAUGUUAAAUGAGAGCUCAUCUUUUAUGGAAAGAAAAUUGCAAAAAAAUGAUAAAUAUUGUCAUCAUCACUGUAGACUGAGUUUACAGUUAAUCAGAAGUACCAUAUUUUUUGUUACUAAUGUGAUACAUCUAUUGUUUACUCAUACCAAUUUCAUUUGGAGAUAAAGUGAUGAGAACAAAUGAUGUUUGUGCACUGGAACAAUAUUGUAACAGGUGGUAUACCUGUGUGUGUGGAAAAAAAGCUCAAAACAUUUUGUUA